GCCUGAUAACAGCAACAGCUGCCCUCACACACACACACACACACACACGGGAAUUCAGUAUUUUCACUGCAUUUACAUUAAGUUUCCGGGUUGAAGUGGAGGUAAAAUGGUGGAUUAACACCAUUUUUCCAUGCCUGCUGUAAAUACUUCCUGUGACGCUUUUUACACUUGUUUAAAUUUUUUAUUUAUUCAUCUUUUGUUGAGCUGAAAACAACAACAACAGCAAGAAGAAGAAGCUGUGAUGCUUUCAAAGAAAGAGAAGGAGCUAAUAAUAGAAAUAUGGGAGAAACUGACUCCUGUGGCUGCAGACAUCGGCUCAGACGCUCUCCUUAGGAUGUUCGCCUCUUAUCCGGGCACCAAGACAUACUUUUCCCAUCUGGACAUCAGCGCUCGCUCCCGUCACCUGCUCUUCCACGGGAAGAAGAUCGUCCAGGCCAUCACCGAGGGAGCCAAAGACAUCAGCCAGCUGACCGUCACGCUGGCUCCCCUGCAGACGCUGCACGCCUACCAACUCCGGAUAGACCCGACUAACUUCAAGGUGCAGCUCUUCUCACACUGUAUGCUCGUCGCGCUGGCCUGUCACAUGGGCGACGACUUCACAGCUGUCGCACACGCGGCCAUGGACAAGUUCCUGUCGGCCUUCGCUGCCGUGCUCGCAGAGAAAUACAGAUGAGACCCGGCGGCCAUGUGGAGAAGCAUAUGAGACAUUUAUGGUGUGAAAUUUAUGUGUCUUUGAAAUGUAUUGUCAUAAUAAAAUGUUCUAAAUAAAUCUUUAUGGGUUAAGGAUGAAACACCGACGUUAUCAGACCUCCAAUGAGUGAAAUGUAUCCACUUUUUAAGGCAGUUUAAUUUACUACCCUCUUAAGUCAUUAAGGACAAUGUUCAAUUUCAAUAGAUGUUCAAUUUUCAAUAGAUUUUAUCAAUUUAAUCAAGGUCGACUGAGAGUAUGUUGUUUUUUCAUGGCCAAUACUGAUUUAUAGAAAUCAAGGCUGAUAAUUGAUGCCUUGUGUAGUAUGUAUUUUCAAUAAAAUCAUUUACAAAGUAGAUAUUAAAUACAUAAAACAGGUUUAUGAAAACAGAAAAGAGAAAGAAACUUUUGAAUGAAAAAAUCUAAUUUAGUGACUCAGCAACAUUUAUCAACAAUUCAUGUUUUUAUGGACUUAGAUUUUACAUGUAUAUUUUGAAUUUCUGCUGCCCAUGACUAUCAGAAUGGUGAAUUCAGGACAAAGUAUUAUCUUAACUUAUCUUAAAAUGGUAAUAUAUCGACCUGUUUUAUCAGCACAACCAAUUAAUAAUAAGAAGAAAUGUUCAUGAUAAUAUAUACUGAAUAAAAACAUUGCACAUUAUGUAAUAAAAUAACUGUGUGGUCUAAAGAAUUGUUAUGAUGCAGAGCUGGCGACAGUAGGAAGGGGGCGCUGUUCAAAACAUCAAAUGUAACCGGUGUAUUUAGGAGAGUGGACUGAAUAUUUCAACCAUAACAACAAUAAAAAUGAUUUGUUUGUUUGUGGCAUUA